CGCCCUGCGGCGUCCGCUGCUCCUCUGCUCCUCGCGGGCGGCGGCGCGGGCGAGUUUGGGCGUUUUGGCAGCUGUGACGCGCGCGAGCUCUCUGGGGCCGACGGCUGCCCCUCGAGGGCCCCUCCUCGGCCGCGCCCCGGCGCUCCCUGGCCCGGUCGGCAGCCACGAGGCCCCGCGCGCCCGGCCGCCUGCCCGGCGCUGCAGCCAUGUCGCGGGGCCCGGAGGAGGUGAAUCGGCUCACGGAGAGCACCUACCGCAAUGUUAUGGAACAGUUCAAUCCUGGGCUACGAAAUUUAAUAAACCUAGGAAAAAAUUAUGAAAAAGCUGUUAAUGCUAUGAUCAUGGCAGGAAAAGCCUACUACGAUGGAGUGGCCAAGGUCGGUGAGAUGGCCUCGGGGUCCCCCGUGUCAACUGAGCUGGGCCAUGUCCUCAUAGAGAUUUCGAGCACCCACAAGAAACUCAAUGAGACACUUGAUGAAAAUUUCAGAAAAUUCCAUAAGGAAAUCAUCCAUGAGCUGGAGAAGAAAACAGAACUUGAUGUAAAAUAUAUGCAUGCAACUCUUAAAAGGUACCAGGCAGAACACAGGAGCAAAUUAGAUUCUUUGGAGAAAUCUCAAGCUGAAUUGAAGAAGAUCAGAAGGAAAAGUCAAGGAGGACGAAAUGCACUAAAGUAUGAACACAAAGAAAUUGAGUAUGUAGAGACCGUUACUUCUCGCCAGAGUGAAAUCCAGAAAUUCAUUGCAGAUGGUUGCAAAGAAGCUCUUCUGGAAGAGAAAAGGCGCUUCUGCUUUCUCGUGGACAAACAUUGUGGCUUUGCAAAUCACAUACAUCGUUAUCAUUUGCAGUCAGCAGAAUUACUUAAUUCCAAACUGCCCAGGUGGCAGGAAACCUGUUGUGAUGCCACCAAAGUGCCACAGAAAGUCAUGAGCAUGAUAGAGGAAAUAAGGACUCCAGUGUCUACGCCAGUGUCCGGAACACCUCAGCCCUCACCUAUGACCGAGAGAAGCAGUGCGGUGAGGAAAGAUAAUGACACCCUUUCUGAAUAUUCACCAAAGAUACCUCCAGCUUUACCUUCAGCCAAAGAAUAUACCAGUCCUUUGAUUGAUAUGUUCAAUAACCCAGCAACAGUUACAGAGAAUUCAGAAAAGACAAACAAUUCAAAAGACACUUCGGAAGAUGCCAGUUUGCAGCGUUCGGUUUCGGUUUCAACCGGACUGAACAUGAUGAAGAAGCAGAAAGUCAAGACCAUCUUUCCACACACUGCUGGCACCAACAAGACCUUACUCAGCUUUGCGCAAGGCGACCUUAUCACACUGCUCAUCCCAGAGGAGAAGGACGGCUGGCUGUAUGGGGAGCACGAUGCCACCAAAGCGAGGGGUUGGUUCCCGUCUUCGUAUACAAAGUUGCUGGAAGAAAAUGCGAAGGAGCCAGUGAGCAUACCCACGCCAAGCCCUGCCCCGGUGAGAAGCAUCAGCACCGUGGACCUGUCCGAGAAGAGCAACGUCAUCAUCCCCCCACCUGACUACCUAGCGUGUCUGUCCACAGGCACUGCGGCCGAUAAGCAAGCGGAUGUUGCCAAGAACACCUCUACCUUCAGAGCCUCGGCGUCCAGGCCCGAAGCCGUGUCUUCCAGUGAUGCAAAUGGGAUCGCCAAGCCCCCUUUCCUCAGUGGGGAAAACCCCUUUGCUACUGUGAAACUCCGACCCACGGUGACAAAUGAUCGAUCCGCACCAAUCAUUUGAUGAUGCUGAGGAUUCUGGUUCCUCUGCCAUUCAGAUCUCGCCUGCAAAAUGAUAGACAGCCAUUCUGUGACCAGUUCUGGGACGGUGGGAAGCUCCACCAGAAGGUGCCUGAUUUUCCAUGUACCCUACUUGAGCAAAUCAGUACAUUCUUUCAAUUUAACAUAGUUCGGCUUACACAUUUCUGUCUUUAAGACAAAUAAUAGUUUAGUGGCCAGCUCAAUCAUUUAAGAUGUUUUCUUCCUGCUCUCUCUAAAAAUAGUAAACUUGGUUCUAAUCCCUAAUGUAUCUCUUUUUAAUACCCUAUGAUUUUUUUUAAGUUGUAGCCAGAAUAAGCGAUAGUCUGUGCUUUCAUGACUGGCUUUCUGCAUCUGAACACAAAUGAGACCAGCUCUAUUUUAUAAAGCAUGUGCUCUUAAGUGGCAUUAUGUUUAUCUAAAGAAAAGACUGUGUAAGUUUGCAUCUUAGCAUGCAAAUCAUAAUUUUAAGCAAUAUAAAUUAUGAAAAAUUGAUUAAAUAUAAUUAUUUAACUUCCAAGUUUUAAACUCUUGAUUAAACAUAGAGCUCCCUUGGGCUGGGGAUUUAGCUCAAUGGUGCCAUGCCUGCCUUGCAAGCACAAGGUCCUGAGUUCAAUCCCCAGUACCAAAAAAAACCAUAGAGCUCCCCAAGAUAGAGAGGUCCUGACCUGCCCCCGAUUUAGACAGAGCUGGAGUCUUGAGAAAUUUUGCCAGCCCUUCCCAUUGCUAUACUUAGCAUUCCGUAGUAAGAGUUGCUGCAGCUGCUACUAACUUACUGGGAAACCUCUUGGGGUCCAAGUUUUUGUGUAUUUGAAUCAAGUACUAGCCCUCAAAGACACUUAAUGGAGCCAGAAUGACUCUGGUGACCCAGGAAGGCAGAGCCUGUAUUUCAGCCUGGCAUCACAUGGAGGAUUCUGGUCAGACCUCUGCACCCAGGGGCUGAAGUUUGUCCCUGGCUGCCAAGGACCAACAGAUAACAAAACUCACACCCACGGGGUGUAGGGGAAGGGACUGUUGCUUCUUUGAUCUUCUUUGAUCUCAUCACUUGUGAAUAUUUUUCUAUAAGCUGAAAGUUGGCCAAGGUUUCAGUAAUGGCAGUAAACCAGCAGACAUGAGACUUCAGGCACCAUCAGGCUCUCCUGGAAGGACAAACCGCUGCCCCUAUGAAGGGCUGCUGCAGCACCAGGUCACCCCUCCUUGUCCUGCAGCACUGUCUUGAGAAGGUGCCCCAGCCAGGUUUCGAGUUUACACGGGUGGCCCUACCAUCUCCCAGACACAAGAGCAGAGUUAAUGGAAGCCCAGUUUUCAGCAGUGGAGAACAAAUGAGGGCAGGUUUCAGGAAUGUGUAAAAGACUGGCGAACAUGGGUGAGGUCACACCCAGGCCUCCAAGCACCCUUCUUGGGGUCUUCUGGCUUUGUUACAGGGUUCAGGAAAAAGCCCAGGCCCCAGGACUACUUGCUGCAGUGUGCGGCCACUCAAGGGCGCCCUCCCUGGGGAAGGGCAUGAGGGGCCUGCGCUGGGGCACACGCUCUGCAGUUUCGGCAGUGUUAUGUUUAAUAUGUUGAUAAUAAAGGAGGAUUUGAAACCCA